AUGUCUAAGAUUGCAACAGCUUCACAAACCUUUUUGAAAAAUUAUUAUUAUCAGUAUCCAAAUAUUGAUCUUAAUUUAGGUUUAAUUUUGGUUAUUGAAUCUAAAAUUUGGAUUUGGAUUAAAGCAGAAGUUAGAUAUUUUUGA